CUCUGGAGCUCAAACCACUACAGAUAACUCCUCUCCCUCUCUCCCUCUCUUCAAUGGAAACCCUAAAAUUAUUCUUUUUAUUCAAAUUCGAAAUUCCCGACCUUCUUCAUCUUCAUCGAUGAAUGCAAUUUCUGAAAAUUAUUUGUUGUGAAUGGAAGCCCUAAGAUGUUAUUCCAACAAAAAGCACCUAAUUUUUCUCUAUGAUUGGAGACGCUGUAGAUUUCCAGUUCUGUGUAAACGAACCCUGAAAAUUCGUUUUUUUUUGUCGCAUUUGAGGGAAAUCUUCCGAUUUUGAUAUUGAUGGGAACGAGAACCCUGUAAAUUCUCGCAUUUCCUGAUUGCAUUUUGUAAUUUGAAGCCCAUGGAUUCUUCAGAGAGAGGAUUUAAGGAGUCAGAGGACCAAGGAAACACUGAACCAGACGAAACGAGUCCCAGACGAAAGAAACGAGUUCGAAGGGUUAGCUUUGCUGAUACCACCUGCAUUCGUUUCUUUGAUAGAGAUGAGGAUUUCGAGACACCACCUGAUUCCAAGCCUGCUGAUGAAGAAUUAGGGAACUCUGAAGCCAUUGGAGAGAAUCAGAAGGGUGAGGGUUUGGAUGAAGAAUUGGAAGAGGGAGAGACUAAUCGAGUGUUUUUUGUGCGUCCUGAUGAGUCACCUGGAAGUGAAACCGGCUCUGCUACUUCAAAUGGAGAAUAUAACUUCUUUGGGCCUGUUGAUUCAAGUUUCAUUCAGUCUGGGAGGUUUUCAGAAUCUCCAGAAGCAGAUGAUAUUACUAUGGAUUCAACAACUUUUUCAUUACGUUUUGGCAAACUUAUGCAGUUAGGCAAGCAGUCUGGCAGUUCUGGUGAAUUUGACCGAACACCAUCUAUGGAUGGUCCAUCAUUAUUGAUUAAGAACACACCAACAGAAGAUGCUGCCCAUACAGGUUCUGGGUAUCUCAUGUCUUUGACUGGAAGUAAGAAGCAAUUUUGCUCUGAUGAAAAGUCAAAUGGAUCAGAUGAGAUGAGCUUAAUAAAUGAAGACCCACAUAGAUAUGAUUAUGAGAGGUUAUCUCCAAGGUCAACUGCUGUGUUGGAAGACAGUUUCAAGAAGGUGCAUCUCAUUACUGCCUGUGAUCAUACCGCUGUUUCAAAGUCUUUUCAAGUUUUGAGUAGUUCAAAAAAGUUCCUAAUAUCCAGUGAGAAGAGUGCUGGUAGUAGUAUGGAGACAUUGGAUUUAAGCAACAGAGACAUUGAGGCUAUGCCUGUUGAUGAUAAUCAUCAUAUCAAUAUUUCUAAAUUGCAAAAGCUAGAUGGACUCUCCAGGUUCUUAGCUGCUAAGCAAGUUGGUUUGAGUCCCCACACACCUGUGAGCGAGGUGCAUGACCUGUCAACGGUGGUUAUGGGUGCCAACUUGCCUAAGGAAUCAUGUGAAGGCACAUCUGGAUCAGGUCAAUCUAUUGAUCGAUUACCCAUUGUCCAUAUAGGGAAAACUUUAUCUUCUCCAACUGCAAACAUGAUUGAUUCAUCUGAACAUGUAAACCAUAAGACUGAUUUUGAUUCCACCGUAGCUUCUUCAAAAUCUGUUGAAAGUCCCGGGAAGGGUCGGCAACAACCAUCAGAAUCAUUUUCUGGUAGUGCCAGCACUGAUGUUGUUCAUGGAUUACAACUAAAUAGCAAUGAUGCCACCACAGAGGGUGUUACAGAUCACAAUGCUCGUGUUCCUCUUACUAACUGUGCAAAUAGAAAUGAUGGUAUGUUGGAUAUGGGCCUUAACAGGAGUUUCAUUAACAAUGACAAGAAGCAAAAUACUGGACAACCUUCCACUGAGGUGGUUGUCAACCAUAAUAGCCUCAUAACACCAUUUGCGGUUUCCCAUGAUAUAUUUGCCAAGGAAUUUGCUGAUAGCAAGGAAACUCCACUUGCCAAACUAGGGCCAAGCAAAGAUGCUAAGGCUUCAGCUUUUAUGUCAGAAUCAGAGAUACUUAUUCAGGAGUCUUCCAAGGGUGUGAAAGACGUAGAGCUUCUAGCUGAUGACAUUAGAGAAGCUAUUCUUAUUGAUCGCUUGAACUCUCCUCUGACCCCUAUUAUCCAGAGACCUACUCUUGUUUCUGAUCACUUCCCUGAACAAGACAGUGCAUUCUCCUUGCGUUCCAAAAGAUGGAAGCUAUUAUCCGAAACUAUGAAACCAUCUGGCGGUCUUUCAAGUACACCAUUUACUGGGGGCAUGCCUUUUUCUUCUCUAAUUGGAGAAGAAGUAGAUGUAGGACAUAACCAAAUGAUGACACCAUUGAUUGGACACCGCACUUCUACAUUUGGUUCUUCAAAACCUAAAGAUCUGUCUGAGAGAAUUGGGCGUCAACACUCUAAAAUCUCACUUUCUAAAUCAGAUCAAAUGGGGGAUUCUCUUGGCGUUAUGCUGUCACAAAACAAGACUGGUGCUCAACUGCAACAAGAACAUGCUCCUAUCUCACGCCUAGCUGUGCAUUCACUAAGUUUUUUACAGAAUGGUGCUACUAGUGAUGUCACCCAUGUAAUGCAUGGCUCUGUAGUUUAUAGUCCGAAGAUUAUGACUGAAAACAGUGGGAGUCUUGUUUGUCCUGAAGAACAUGGAAAGCAGACAUUUGAAAAGCAAGCUAGGGAUUGUCCUAAUCAAGAAGCACAUGCAUCUUUUCAUUCAUCUAUACAUCAUUUACCAACAUCCCACCUUUCCAUGGGUGGAGUCAUCGGUACUCCUCAUUCAUACUCUUCACAGUUACAUACUGCAUCAUUAGAAAAGAACAUAAAUGCAGGUAAGGGUAGCAAAUUCUUCUCAUCUCCCACUGUAAAAUUGGAUCUUCAGUUGCCCAGUGUGUCUAAAUCGAAAGAGCCACCUUUAAGGGACUCAAACCAGCAUAAUAUUUUAGGAAAGCCGAGUUAUUCUCCCUCUGUUGAAAACCCAAUGAAAGAUCAUGUGGCCAACACUAUCUAUGCUCUAAAAGAUAUGACCCUUGGUGCUGAAGAUAGAAUUUUCCCUGAACUCUUACAGAGUAAUAACAGACAACAAGGUCUUAUCCCAGUCAGUGUCUUGGAUUCUAAUAAUGUAAGCAAGCACAGCUCAAUGAAAGAUGUUUUAAAAGAAACUAGUUUAUGUGUUGUGCAAAAGGAAUUUGAAGGUGUUUUGGAUUAUCAAACCCCUCUUCAGGAAAGGACUAGCAGUUUUUUCCCAAGCAACCAAGGCAAGGAUGUGCAAAUGGAAACAAUCGCAAAAACCUAUCAAGGUGAUAACACGACUACCAUGGAAAUUUCGAUGUCUGCAACCCCUGAACAAUCGGGAAAGAACUUGGUUGGUAGGGUGGCUCCACACAUGGUGGGAAGCAACGUAUAUUCUCCUCUCUACAAGGAUCCCAUUUCUUUUGAACAAAAUCGAGGUCUUAGGUCUAUUGAUAAGUCUGCUAGCAUUCGAAAUUCCCAAAUUCAAGAUGGAGAAAUUUCUGCUUUGGCAGUCAACUUGUCUGGAAAGAAAAGGAAAAGCGACAGCUUACUUGUCACAGAAGAAUCCAGGAUGAAUAAAACUGACAUGGGGCCUUCUAAAGCUUCUUCUGAAAUAAAAGCAAGCCCAACCAAAGGGUCUAAUUUGGAACAUAAGACCAGUUCUACGCAUCUUGAGGAAGGACAUGUGGAGAUUGAGGGGGAGGAUAUCAGUGUGGGUGGAUUGACCAUGAAGAAUGUGACCGAUGAAAAAAUAUCAGGACCUUAUGAGGAAAGCCAGUACAGAUCAUGGGUCAUCUCAAAGUUAGCUAUAUCAACCAAAGAGUUGUUCUCAACCUCAAUAGUGAGGCUUAAACCACGGGAGCUUUGCAUUCUGCAAGAAAUGCUGGAUCAAUUGAAGAAGAUUAUGGAGUAUAGGCAUCUUUGUAAUGAGAUUCAGUCCCAGAAAAUGCUGGGUCGAGUAUGUAAUGUACAGCCCCAAAGAUUAUUGGAGGAGAAAACCACGCGACAGUUGCUGCAGUCUAUUUUGUACGAGCAAGCAAAGUUGCAGUUGAUGCAUAUGAAGAGGGACUAUUUGCUCGCAAAGGUCCAGCAGUUGCAAUCAGGCAUGCAGGAGUGCGGCAAACUGAAAUCUAGUUGUUUGUCCCAUCAACAUGCAUCUGGUUUAAAGGAUUCUCAAAGCAACAAACUGCAGAUUUGUCCCGUUUCAGAUGAGUAUUCUAGCGAUCAGGCAGUGAUGAUGAGGCGGGAGCUUGGGUUGCUGGAUCAGAAGGUGAAGAAAUUGGUUGAAUCCUUACAUUCAUCCUGUAAGCUGAAAGGUCACCCAAAUGCUGAUGAGACUAUAAUGUUAUCAAAAGAUUUUGUUCAUAAGAAGGCUUGCUGCACGAUUAUUUGCCAUACUUUACAGCUAUGGGACUUGAAGGUUGUUAAGGAAAAGCAUGGUGAUCUUCAUGUGGCCCUCAACUACGGCAAUUUUCUUUGUCAGAGGUAUAAGUUGGAUGCUCACAUUCCUGCUUCAAGUGUUGACGUUUCUAAUUUGUUGAAUGAGGAGAACAUUGGGAAGAUUUUCCCGAAUAUAAACGCAUGUACAGCCUUUAAGUUUGUCUUUAGUGAUGAUAGGAGUCGCAAGCUUUCUAGCACAAGAGGAAUCCAGGUUGAGUCACAGGUCACGUCCUUUCUUUUAGGCAAUCUAUUGGAUGUGCUUUCAGAAUUGCAAAUGGCACAUUUGGAGCUCUUAAAUGUGAUGCUCCCGUGCUUUCAACCACGACAAACUGGUCGGCUUGAGCUACGGCUGUCUUUCAUUGGGUGCAGUGUGGGUAGGAAGGUGAUUCUGGUUCUUGAUCUAACUGACCUGAAUCGCAGUGCUCUCUAUCCUUCUGAUAUCCUCCCGGCCAAGUUACAAGUUCUGGACCCCAGAACCCAAACCACUGAUACUUCUCUCUCUAACAAAAUCAUCCAAGGACUUCAAUCGCUUGAAGCCGGCAAUUUGAGGAUUAGAAGGAUGUGCGAAACCGUGUCUCAAUAUCUUAAGUCACCAGAAAGUUAAAAGAGCUUUUGAAACCAACUGGCAUCUUCAACCCAUGAACACUUCACCUUCUGCCAGGUUGCGCUUGGGGAUUGUUUCAGAUGUCGUUUGAAGCAAAGUAAGCCGAGAUCCUUUCAUUCUUUUUUUUUUCAAGAAAUUUUGUAAUUAAAAUUUUUGCUUCCUGUUAUCAAGGAAUCAAUAUGUCAAACCAUGCUUUUGCCAUUCCCAUCAAUGUAAGGGCAGGAACGUCAAAGUACUAGACUGCGCCCAUGUCUUUGGUAAUAGUAGAAAUGUUGGGGUGAGUAAAUCUCUAUCGUCAUUGGCCAUGUAAUUGGGAAGCUUACUUCAUAUCCUCGACUCCAAAUCAGCAGAAAUGCUGGCUGAUCUGGCCACAGGUUUCGUGUAGAUUCAAUGUGUUAUCAGUCGGCAGAGACAUGCACAUUUUGCUGUAACUCCAUUGGCUACUAUUUCUCUA